AAAGAAAAAAGAUAAAUCUCGUUUGGUGAAAAAAUAACCAGAAAACGAGAUCUGACUUCUAACUUGUACAUGUACAUCGAUGUCCACAAAAUACAAAUCGGAAAAAAAAGCAUCGAUGAAGAAGAAGAUGAUUCCGACGACGCUCUUACUCUCAGCUCUCAUUUUCUCUUUAUCGCCGAUCUGUGAAGCUGUGUGGCUUACCGUACCUCACACCGGAUCAAAGUGUGUCUCCGAAGAAAUCCAAAGCAACGUCGUCGUUUUAGCUGAUUAUCUCGUUAUCUCCGAGGAACAUUCUAUCUUCCCUACUGUCUCCGUUAAGGUCACAGCACCUUAUGGUAGCGUUUUACACCACAAGGAAAAUACAACAAACGGUCAGUUUGCAUUUACAACCCAAGAAUCAGGAACUUACUUGGCGUGUUUUGAGGCUGAUGCUAAAAGUCAUGGUAACAGAGAUUUUAGCAUCAACAUCGACUGGAAAACUGGUAUCGCAGCUAAAGAUUGGGACUCCAUUGCUAGAAAAGAGAAGAUCGAGGGUGUAGAGCUAGAGCUUAAGAAACUUGAAGGUGCAGUAGAAGCCAUACAUGAAAAUUUAAUUUACCUCAGAAACAGAGAAGCUGAAAUGAGGAUUGUGAGUGAAAAAACAAACUCGAGAGUCGCAUGGUACAGUAUAAUGUCGCUGGGGAUUUGCAUUGUGGUCUCUGGUUUACAGAUUUUGUACUUGAAGCAAUACUUUGAAAAGAAGAAGCUUAUUUAGAUCAAUGAGGAUUGUUGAGGAAUACAAGAACCAACACUUUGCUCUGUUUUCUUUCUCUGAUGCUCUCUUUGGAACUGUUAGUGUAAAAUUUUGUUCACUGAUUUAUCUUGUAAUUUGACUCCUUUUCCAUAGAAUAUAUAAGUAGACUCUAAUUAUAGGAAUCUGAACUAUAUUUCCCUUGAUAAAAUAAAACUGAAUUUAUUUGGCAUAA